CCAGUAGGCCCAGCACAGCUCCUUUCUGAACCCUACCGCGAACGGUGCGGCGCGCGGCCGGCCGGACCGUAACCUCGCCAGCGCGCCGGCGUGCCGGCGCCGCCACUAGACACUGUCCGCCGCAAUCCCGCACCGUCCAGUGAUCACUCCCCAACUCCCUGACCUCAAGACCGCGUCGGCCGCUCGGAGCUCGUGAAUCGCCUCGCCCGGCCGUCCUCGGGGCUCAGGCUGUCCAGGCCUCUCCACUUCCACGGGCAGGCGUCAGCUGCUUCACCCGACUUCCAGAGCAAGGGCAAGACGCAGCAUGGACUCCCUUCAUCGUGUGCACGUCAAGCUUCUGGCUGCCGACCUCCUCACGCUAACCCCACGACAUACAUCGCCGCCUUCCUUUGUUCGCUGUGGCCGUACAGUUGCCCGUGCCGAGGUUGUUGGGGUCGUUGUUUCACGUGACCGCAGGGAGAAGUUUCUGCGCUUCCUGAUUGAUGAUGGCACUGGCUGUGUACCAUGUGUCCUGUGGCUGAACCACCAGUACCUGAAUGCAAACAGUUCAUCCGAUUCUGAUCCAACUGGAGAGAUGGUAUCGAAAAUGUCGGAGGUCGUACGCCUGGGCACCCUGUUGAGGGUUCGUGGGAGGAUUGUCAUGUACCGUGGUGCAAUUCAAAUUGCUGCUCGAGACGUGGUUCUAGAGGAGGACCCUAAUGUGGAGGUUCUACAUUGGUUACAGUGCGUUCACAUGGCCAAGGAAUGUUAUGAUUUGCCACUACCUUCUGCUUGAGGUUUGCCUUGGAGGAUCUUAUGUUCUGUGUUUCUUUCUGUGGUUACUGUUGAACCAAACAUCGUUAAUCAAAUGCCUUUUUUGGUUAACUGCAUUUGAUUUACUUCAUUUAUGCAGUAGGGUCAGUUGCAACUGCUUUAUAAGGUAUAAUGCAGAGGCCCCUAGUGAUAGUGCACUGCACUUGGGUGAAGUAAUCAAGGUUGACGAGUCGACUAGUUAUUCCAAUGUUGAGACUCAUAGACUAGUCGUGACUAAUCGUGACAAGUCAACACUAAA